GAGAUGGCUUGCAUUACUUUGCUUUUGGCUAUUCUUCAUGUGCACAAAGCACUGUGUGAAGUGAUCUUUUGGGACACAGCUGUUCAACUCUCUAAGACCAUGACUCUGGAAUGUGUGUAUCCAUUGAUGGACAACUUAACCCAGGUUGAAUGGACCAAGAUCAAUGGCACAGAGACUGUGAACAUAGCUGUUUACAACCCAAACCAUCCUAUGCAUAUAGAUCACAACUACUUCCAUAGAGUGCACUUUCUGAAUGCAACAUUGGAGUUCCGCAAUAUGAGUCUUUCCUUUUACAAUGCCUCUGAAGCAGACAUUGGCAUCUACUCCUGCUUGUUUCAUUCUUUCCCAGGAGGACCUUGGGAAAAGAAGAUAAAGGUGGUCCAGUCAGAUAGUUUUGAAAUAACUGCACCCUCAAAUGGCUACCUGUCUGCAGAACCUGGACAAAAUGUCACACUCAGUUGCCAGCUUCCAAAUAACUGGCCAGUGCAACAAGUAAUGUGGGAAAAAGUCCAGCCCCAUCAGGUAGAUGUCUUAGCUUCCUGUAACCUAUCUCAAAGGAAAACUUACACAUCAAGGUACCUAAGAAAAACAUGGAGCAACUGCAGCCAGGGGAGCACACCGAGUGUCCUCAUCAUCCCCAAUGCCACGUCUGCUGACUCUGGACUUUACAGAUGCCGUUCUGAGGACAGCACAGGAGAACAGAAAACCUAUGUCAUAAGGCUGAUCAUAACUGAUGGUGGAGACAAUAAACAUUUUAUACUUCCCAUUGCUGGAGGAUCAGUUUCACUGUUGCUGGUUAUCCUAAUUAUAAUCACAAUUAUUUUUUAUAGCAGAAGGAGAAGGAGACAGGUGAGAACACCACUUAAAGAGCCCAGCGAUACACAGAGUAAGGUAGCUACCAACUGCAGAAGUCCCACGUCUCCCAUCCACUCUACAGAUGAUGAGAAAGAGGAUAUUUAUGUUAACUAUCCAACCUUCUCUCGAAGACCAAAACCAAGAUUCUAA